CGACCUCAGUCCAGGAGCCACCAUGUCUGAAAACAUCAAGUCCAAGAUCCAAAACUACCGCACAGCGCCAUUUGACAGCCGCUUCCCCAACCAGAACCAGACUCGCUACUGCUGGCAGAACUACCUGGAUUUUCACCGUUGUGAGAAGGCCAUGAACGAUAGAGGCGGUGAUGCAUCUGUCUGUGAGUGGUACAAGCAUGUCUACAAGUCCCUCUGUCCUGCGUCCUGGAUGAAUUCUUGGGAUGAUCGCAUUGCAGAAGAUACCUUCCCUGGGAAGAUCUGAGCCACUUUCUCUUCCUCCCUCAUCCCCACCCUGAUGCCUGGGGCUGGAUCCCUUCUU